UGUCGGAAAUUCAAUUUCCCUGGCCCCCCGGGACUCGGCUGGUGACAAGUUGGUGGCGUGCGAUCGCUCGUGAAAAAAAGAAGCUAUUCAAAGAAAGCGGCCGGAUAAGCCGCUUCACACCUUCGCGGAACGCCUCACGAGGGGUGUCAAAAAUUGGAAACUCUUUCCAGAGAAGGUGUCAGAAACAAAUCGUGUCAGAUCGGAUCGAUAAGGCACUGACGGGACCGAUCGGGAUUUGUGUGUGGAGUUUGUGAAUUUAAAAUGCAUCCAAGAAAAUUCAUAAUGUCUCAGGUGGUGGCGGCCACCGUAACUCUCCUCCUAGCCGUUCGGUCAACGGUUUGUGUGCCAACGCACUCGAUGGAGAUGGAGCGCUUCCGGAACAGCAUCGAUUUGGACGCGGAGCAAACCGAGGCCCGGUACGAUCAGGAGAUGCUGUCCGACAUAAUGAAGGAUAACGAUCGUGGCGAGCUGCAGAAGGCGGAAUCGUGCCUGGUGGACGACUACAAGUACGACCACGGCCAGAAGAUUCAAAGGCUCGAUCCGUGCGAGAUCUGCCUCUGCAUCGACGGUGAGAUAUUCUGCUGGUGGAAACAGUGCGAUGCUCAAACGAAAACCGGCCAUGAUGCCGACCAGGACGUGCCGGCUGAUGGUCAACCCGUUGAGUCGUCGACAACGGCACCGUUCGUGUACAGGUCGAAAGGUUUCUCCAAUACUUCACCGUCACCGGCGACGUUCGGCGAAGGAACCAUGGACGGUACGACACGGGUAAUUGCAACGGACACUCUAAGUAACGGCGUUACGACGGCCAUCGGCAGUACCGUGGCCAUAUCGACUCCGGUACCAAAUAGUGAAGAUGGUGCCCUUCCGCUGGAUACGUCAACCCGUCACGGUGAGGUGGUCGAUGGAAUUCCGAAAAGUAUGCUCACCUUCCCUCAAACGCCUCCCAUCAUGAUGUACCGUCCCGGCACCAUCGGUUCAGCGAAGGAGGGAAAGGCCACCGAAGCGGGACGAAAGUUUAAGCCAGGCGCCCGUAAACCGAAAGGCAGAAAGCUGAAGGAUCAAACCAAAGUACAGAAACUGUUCGCCGUGAACCGCAAACCGACGGUAGCCAUUGCUAGUGAUGCUCUGGCUCGGGGUUCGGACAGCGGAACUCUGCGAACUUCUUCGGACCGUUUCCGGGAGCGAUCGGAAUCGAGCUCUAAGGAGAACGAUCCAUCGGUAGUCAAACAGCCGGACAGUCCGAUGGGUGCUUCCGAACUGCCCGAAGAAUUCGGCGGGUACGGGUACGGGAUGAUACGGGAAACGGAUCCACCUCGCGGGCACCCGGAAGUUGGCCACGGUCACGAUCGAGAUGUGCCGCAACACUACAUCAUAACGUCGUCGGGGCACGUGGAAAUGUUCGACGAUAGUGGCACGAUCGGUGGGCCGGAAGUUGGAACCGAGCUACAGGAACCGGCCGGUCACGACCGGGAUGUGCUCAGUUUCGAUGGUCGCGUUUCGUCCGUGGUGCCGAAGGAUGCUAGCGACGAGGACGAGGAAGAUAGUGGGGCAGAGGACGGGGUGGUGGCACCGGCCAUCAUGCUGACGACCAACGUCACCCAGGGUGGUGGUUCAAGGAGCCCAUCAUCGACCGCCGCUCCGUCUUCCGUGAUCGACAUCAUCAACUCGACGACGCUCGAGACGGACUAUGGCGAGGGAACGAACCAUUCGGAGCUAAUCUAUCCGGAAGUUUCCGGGGUCUACGUUCGAACGGUGGACUUCGGUAGCACCACGAGAUCACCAACGGUCGAACAUUGCGUAGUGAUGGGUGUGACGUAUCCGGUCGGAGCGGUACUCAAGCAGGAAACGGGCAACUGCUUGCAGUGUGUGUGCGUGGCCGGACCCGAAAACGACCCCUCGCCGAGGGUGACUUGUACGCCGCUCAACUGUCCACCGUUGAUACUGCCAGACAUACUGGACGGAGCAGGUUUCUAGACGCCUCGUAGAAUGGGGGUCAGCUGGCACAUUGCGGCACAGAUCCUUGACGCUAUCCUUGGCGCACCUAUACAGAAGCGCCGGUCUGGACGGCAGGAAGACAGCACACUCUCGAAACGAGCAAACCAAACCACUCACCAAAACUACUAGAAAAUGUAAACAGGGGUAAAUGAUAAAUAGUGGAUCAACAUAUUUAGCGUAAAAUGGCGAGAUGGAACGAGUGAAACAAUAAGCA